UUUGAAUAAUAGUGUUUAUAAUGGUAUGGAGUUAAACCGCGACCCGAGCAGCGUCUUCAUCACUUCCUAUUACAGGAAAACGCCUACAACAAGUUGAUUCGACCAUCAGGACGGACUGUUAAUGGAACACCUGAAAGUAAACUUACUGUAAAACUUGGUAUGCGGCUUUCCCAGCUUCUUGAAGUUUCUGAAAAGAAUCAAAUCCUGACAUCGAAUCUGUGGCUGAAACAUGAAUGGGUAGACCAACGUCUACAGUGGGAUCCUCAAGAGUUCGGAGGUAUACAGAUGACACAUGUUCCUUCUGACGAAUUAUGGAGGCCAGAUAUCUUACUAUAUAAUAAUGCUGAUGGAGAUUAUGUUGUAACAUUGCUCACCAAAGCCACGGUGUACCACACUGGCCUGAUCAAAUGGGAACCACCAGCGAUAUACAAAACGUACUGUCCAAUCAAUGUUGAAUUCUUUCCGUUUGAUCAACAAGAAUGUUUCAUGAAAUUUGGUGUGUGGACAUACGAUGGCCACGAGGUGGAUCUUCAACAUGUUUGGAAAGAUCAAGGUGUUAUGCAAGGUAACCAAAUGGUAAUACCUAAAGGUGUUGAUCUCUGUGACUACUAUCAGAAUGUUGAAUGGGACAUUAUAAAUGUAACAGCAAGACGAAAGGAAAAGUUCUACCCAUGUUGCCCUGAACCAUAUCCAGACAUCACCUUCAAUAUCACUAUCCGAAGACGAACUUUGUUCUACACAAUUAACUUGAUUAUGCCAUGUAUUGCCAUAUCAUGUCUGACUGUUCUAGUCUUCUAUUUACCCAGCGAUUCCGGGGAGAAAAUUACUCUAUCUAUUUCAAUACUACUGGCUUUGACUGUGUUCUUCCUGCUUCUUUCUGACAUUAACCCUCCAACGUCAAUUGUUAUACCAUUAAUAGGCAAAUAUCUACUUUUUACAAUGAUUGUGGUAACAAUGUCUAUAUUCCUGACUGUUUAUACAUUAAGUGUUCAUUUCCGAUCACCGUCUACACAUAAAAUGUCACCCUGGAUAAAGCGUGUGUUUACAGAAAUUCUUCCAAAGGUUUUGGGUAUGAAAAGACCUAUUGCUAAUAAAAAGUUAAAGUCAAAUGGGAUAGAGAUGGUUGAGACAGACGUUGAUGCCCCUGAACGGGUGCAGUUGUGGCACCAGACAAAUGUACCCAAAUAUGAAAAUCUCAGAAAUCGUUCAUCAACAAUGAAAGAUGACUUUUCUAGAUAUCCGUUUGAGAUCAGAGAAUCUAUGAAAGGGGUAAAGUACAUUGCCGAACAUCUUAAAAAAGAAGACGAUGAAAAAUCAGUAAGUGAUAUGCUCAAAAUAAUGCAAUUUUGGAAAUCCUAUUAAAGUAAAGUAUUUUUGUAUGUGACGAGAACAUUGGUCUUCUUAUAAUCUAUUCACUGAUAUCUGUGUCUACAAUAUUCACACAAUUUUAAAUUAAUCUUUUAACAAUUGCUUUAACUUAAGAAAUAUAAAAUAACAUUGUUUAACAAUGCAGUGCAACAGAACCUAAAAGUCGUUACAAAUGUUGUUUUAGGAAAACUCUAAUUUCGUUUAAAAGAUCCGUGUUAUUUUGCUCUUUAACUUUUUGUGCGGAAAUCAAUAACAUUUCCUUCCAAAU